ACAAUCACUCUGUGGUGAGGGCAGAAUAAGUUAUGGGGCUGCUACUACCGAUCCUGCUCAGCUGUUUGGUUGCUCUGCUUGGAGGGCUGUACGUUCUUGGGGUUUUCCGAAAGCGGCGGCUGGGAGAGCCCCCUCUUGAUAAAGGUCUCAUUCCUUGGCUUGGCCAUGUCCUGGAAUUUCGCAGGGACUCUUUAAAAUUCCUGGAGAGGAUGAAGAAAAAGCAUGGUGAUGUUUUCACUGUGCAGCUGGGAGGAUUUUAUUUCACUUUCCUGCAGGAUCCCCUCUCUUUCGGGGCUUUCGUUAAGGAGAGUCGAGAGAAGCUGGACUUUAAUAGUUUUGCCGAGCAGCUUGUUGAGAGGGUUUUUGGUUAUAAAGCUGUAAAGAAUGAUCACCAUGUCCUGCAGAAUGCCAGCAACAAGCACUUGAAGGGGGAAGGUCUGGAGGUAAUGACACAAGCCAUGAUGAGUAAUUUGCAAAACCUGAUGUUGCACAGUGUGGGUUCAACCACAGGCCAGAGCCCCUGGAAGGAAGACGGACUGUUCAUGUACAGCUACAAUAUUGUUUUUAGAGCUGGGUAUUUGGCUUUAUUUGGAAAUGUGCCACACAUGUCUGAGGGAAGUGGAGAGAAAGCCAAAGCAAAGGACAGAACUCAUUCAGAAGCUCUGUUUUAUGAAUUUCGUAAAUACGACCAACUCUUCCCCAACCUGGCAUAUGGAGUCCUUCCACCGAAGCAGAAGUGGGAAGCUGACAAGUUGCAGGCCUACUUCUGGGAUGCUGUGUCUGUGCAGAACAUGAAGACCAAGGACAACAUCAGUCGGUGGGUGUGGGAAAUGCAGCAGGCCAAAGAAGAGGUGGGCAUGAAUGAGUCAAUGAUCAACAGGUACAUGUUUGUGCUUCUGUGGGCCUCUCAGGGCAACACGGGACCUUCUUCCUUUUGGACUCUCCUCUUCCUCUUGAAACAUCCAAUAGCAAUGAAAGCAGUGAGGGAAGAGGUUGAUAAAGUUUUGAAGGAGACAGGGCAGGAAGUCAGAUGUGGUGGCCCUUUCGUAGACCUAACCCGUGACAUGCUCAUGAAAACUCCAGUCCUGGAUAGUGCCGUGGAGGAGACCCUCCGGCUCACAGCCGCGCCCCUCCUUACCAGGGCUGUGCUCCAGGAUAUGAACCUCAAGAUGGCUGAUGGGCGUGAAUACUUCAUCCGCAAGGGUGAUAGGAUGGCAAUCUUUCCUUACAGUGCGGUUCACCUUGACCCAGAGAUCCAUCCUGACCCGCAUGCAUUCAAAUACGACCGCUUUCUGAACCCAGACGGCAGCAGGAAAACUGAGUUUUACAAAGACGGGAAGAAAGUGAAGUACUACAACAUGCCCUGGGGCGCGGGAGUCUCCAUGUGUCCCGGGCGAUUCUUUGCCACAAAUGAGCUGAAACAGUUUGUGUUCCUCAUGUUGGUCUAUUUUGAGUUUGAGCUGAAGAAUCCUGAUGAGGAGAUUCCUGAAAUUGACUUCAAACGUUGGGGCUUCGGAUCCAUGCAGCCCAUCAGAGAUGUUCAGUUCAGAUACAGACUCAGAUUUUAAAGAGCACUUAUGUUGUAAUAAUUCUGUGAGUUUUUACUUGAUUAUUGCAUGAUUAAACAGCCUCACACUAAUGGUAUGAGAACCAUGUAAAAGUCCACAGAGAAUUUAAUAAAACUGUUUAAUGCCUUGCUGAAGUACCAAACCUAUGAACAUAUUCAACCCUUUUUUUUUUUUUUUUUUUUACAUUUUUCAGAAACCACAGAAAACAGAGCAUUUUAUUUAACUAACUAAAAAUUUCAGGUCUGUUUUCUAUUUACAAUACAGCACAACAGUGAUAAUGGUGAAUAUUGCAGUUGAUUUUUUUUCAAUAAAAAGUUUUUUUUGCAGUUUAUUUUCCAAGAUGCUGCACUACACUGCCACUUAUGAAAUGGCACAUUAUGAAAUGUAAAAAUUAAAGAAGUUAAGCAAUAUCACAGUUUUAUUGUAGCUUGACCAACAACAUGAAAACCAGUUUCAAAAAUGUUUUUUUUUCCUGUAUUAAAGAUUAUUUCUUCAUAUCAUUUACUGGUCUAAUAUGAAAUGCUCCCACUCCAGAAAUUAGAUGAGGAUCUAAUCUGAAAAAUUAAGAUUUUUUCUGAACAAUUGCCAUACUUGGUUAUGAUGUUUUUAUUGGAAACACCAGGUGCUUGAACAAUCUACUUCUUCUCUAUUUUGUUAUUUCCCUGUUUUAGGAAAUUGUUAACAGAGCUUAGAAAUUAAGAAAUAAAUGCUCUCCUUAGCUGUGGGCAAGGUCCAUUAACAUUCUUCUCCUUCAUUAGUUCCUCUAUUAUCCCCAAAAUGACCUUUUAUGAUGUGUUUUUCUCUUGAUUUAUUGUUUCUUUUAAAAUGCAACUUUAACGCCAUGCUUUUCUGUCUUAUAACUAAGGUGGUUGAUAAAUCUCUUCUGUUUUUUGAUUUCUAUUCUGCAGGAAUUGAGUAAUAGGACUAAUAAACAGUUUUGUGACCUAAA